AGAUGAAGUUCUCUGAGGUUCAGUUGAGUUCUUCAUUUGAUUCCUAUUGAUGAUUGUAUAUUAUUUUAGAAGGUGGUUUUGCGGGUCCCAUUGUUGGGAAUUUGUAUAUUUUUUAUUGGUUGUUUUGCUCCUGAAGUAGCUUACAAGAUAAAAAGUCUAACACUUCUAAGUUUCUGUUGAUUAUAAUAUAAUGGAAUUACUUUUAAUGUUUUAUAAAUCAUAGCUUCUUUGGCGCCUUAAUUUAUGAUUCCAAUAUUUAACUUUUGUUUCUUACUUUUCAGUUCUGAAGAAUAAUAGCUCCUUUAUCACCUCACCUUGUAGCAACUCAAUCUUUUAUGAAUUUAUUCACUAUUGGCAGAUUUCAUUUUCUGUGACCUUUUAGAGAAUUAUAUUCAAAUUCUUUGAUAGGUUAAGGUUGGUUAAAUAUGAUAGUGUAUUUCUGUUAUUCAUGAGAGAUGCAAGAGGCAAACAUGAUAUCCUGGUUAUUCAUGAUGGUAGUAGCAUUCAAAAAUUUACCCAAUUAAUUUGUUACUUUGUUCAAAUAAAAUUGAUUCUUGGCACAAGCCAUGUAUGGUUGCGGCUGCAUUCAAAAGUUGGGAAAUAAUUAUUCAAAAAUUCAUAUAAAAAUGAAUUACAGACCUCAGGUCAGUACAAGUGAUUAAUGAAUUCACCAUUUUUGCAAAAGGCUGCCUGCAAUAUACAUGUUGUGAAGAUAAUUCAUUUUUUCCAACAUUUUUUGAAAUUAACUUUUGAAGCCAAUCGUACUGAUAUUUUCCCUGAUGUUUAAUGUUUUUCUGAUCUACACAAUCCUUUUUUUUUUUUCAAUUUUUGGUGCAUGUUGCUGUCUCUCAGUUCCUUUGAAGUAUGGAUUAAACUAUGUAUUUCUUUAUAAAAAGGCUACUGGUUUUAAUCUGUAAUUACUUUUUCUUCUUCCUCUCAAUGGGUUAUUCAUCCUGUUCUCCCUCAUAUCCAAGCCAGAAGCAUUCUUUUAAAGUGAGUUUGUUCCUCAUUCUAUUAAGUUUAGCUCUUGCUUGCUCACGUGUCAUUCUCAUCUACAUAUCCAAAACUUCAGAGCUGUUGCCAAUUGAUCAAAUAGAAUACAGGCAUAAUCGAGAAUCUUUGAUUGGACACUUACCUAUUUCAACUGUUAUCCGACAAACCAUCCCAGUUGCAGUUCACACUGUCUCAAAAAACUCAUUGGAUUCAUUAGAAACUGCUACAUUGACAGAGGAUAAUCUUCAGUUGGGCUUAAAAGGGAAUUUUGUAAGCGACAAAGAGGUUUACCACAAUGGGGAUAUUUUUUCAGAAGACUAUAAAAAAAUGAACCGGAGCUUUAAGAUACAUGUAUAUCCUCACAGCCAAGAUGAUCCCUUUGCAAAUAUACUCUUGCCCACACAAGAAGAGCCUACUGGUAAUUACGCGAGUGAGCAUUAUUUCAAGAAUGUUUUGUUGAAAAGCCAUUUCAUUACAGACGACCCAAGCGAGGCAGAUCUUUUCUAUAUGCCUUUCUCAAUUGUAAAGAUGCGGAAUGACCCCAGGAUCGGCGUAGCAGGUAUACCAUAUUUUGUGAGAGAUUACGUCUUCAACAUCAGUCAAAAGUACCCUUAUUGGAAUCGGACAGGUGGGGCAGAUCAUUUUUAUGUUUGUUGUCAUUCCAUUGGUAAGAGUGCUGCAGAACAAGCAGCUCCUGUGAAACUCAAUGCCAUUCAAGUAGUUUGCUCGGCAAACUACUUUGUAUCAGCAUACAUUCCUCAUAAGGAUGCAUCUAUGCCACAAAUUUGGAAUAGACAGCAAGAAGAUCCUCCAAUCCUUGUUUCGUCAGGGAGGAACAAGCUUGCAUUUUUUGCCGGAAGAAACAAUUCUCCUAUACGGGAAAGGGUUCGUCAAAUAUGGGGAAAUGAUACUGAGAUUAGAGCACAUUUUGACUGGGUUAGCAAUAUUGCUGAAGAGCAGCUUGGGAGCAAGUUCUGCCUCCAUGUCAAAGGCUUUGAAGUAAACACAGCCCGCGCUUCUGAUGCACUAUUCUAUGGCUGCGUUCCCGUGAUCAUCGCCAAUCACUACCAUCUCCCAUUUGCAGACAUUGUAAAUUGGAAGAGCUUCUCAGUAGUCCUCGAAGAUGGAGACAUUCCAUCGCUGAAAAAAAUCCUGAAAGGUAUAAGCUCUGAACAAUAUCUGAUGUUACAAAAGAAUGUGUUGAAGGUGCGCAAACAUUUCCAAUGGCAUACUCCACCAGUUGAUUAUGAUGCAUUUUACACAACCAUGUAUCAAUUGUGGCUCAGGAGAAAUGCAAUCAGGAUUUCUUCUGUUGUGUAAAGUACAUUCAGUGAUUUUUACUUCUGUAGAGUUAUGAAAAAUUGCCUCUCAUAUACUAUUAUGCAAUAAAAUUCUCAAGAGAGUUCAA